AUGGCCAUGGAAGUCAGUUUACAACAUGAAAUUGACACUGAUGAUGACAUGCUCUACUUAACCACCAUACGACCAGCAAACAAAAAACCCAUCAUAUUGGAAACCUUAUGGCAUGGAAUAGAUUAUCCUAAUGAUUCCCUGGUCAUCGAUUGGAUUUCCAAAAUAAAAAAGUUUCAAGAGAAAAAGAAACAAAAGAAUCUAAUCUUGAGUCUUUUCCCUGAUCGUAAGGCACAAUACAAGAAUAGCGGCUUUUCAUACUAUGAUUGCAAAGGCCAAGUAUCAAAAGCUCCUUUUGAGCUCUUACAACUAUGUUUUGAUAAUCACUGCCUUUUCUACGAAUUCGAACAUUAUUACCCUCAUAAGAAAUAUCCGUUGGCUCUCUGGAAAUGUUUGUCUGAUAACAAGACAAUUGUAGUUGGUUUAGGGAUUGAGGAUGCGGUCAAGAAGCUCGAGAAGGAUUAUAAUAUAAAGAUUAGCAAUUGGGUUGAUUUGAGGGAUAAGGCUAGGGAAAAGGCUACUUUUGGUGAAAUUGCUAAUAAUUGUAGUGCGGAGAAAUUGGCUAACAAGGUUUUGGGUGAUGAAUGGGAUGUGAACAAGCCUGCUACCAUGGAAUGGUGGAAUCCAGAAGUUAAAUGGUUUCUUUCAGAUGAUAAUGUUAAAUUUGGAUCAUUGGAUUCUUUUCUUGCUUAUAGAAUUGGCGUAGAAUUGUUAAAAGAUUAA